UUACAGAUCCUCCCGAUCAAUUGACGGUGCUUUUAGGUAGGUACCUCAAGCACCAGUCACCGUUUUCGCCGAAUCCGUCGCUUGCGACUAAGGGCUCGACGAGUAAUUUAACCCAGAGACACAGCCCAUUGAGUUUCUCGCCGGAUCUUCUCAGUGGGUCGCUUUUUCCGAUCCGGUGGUUGAUUCUGCGAAGCACCGUCUUGCUAAAGCCAGUGUUAGCAACACUCUGGUUUAAGCCCCUUGAGCUCACCUACACGUCAGCGAGAAGCUGAAAUAGCCUCUCAAGGCUAUCAGCAUAGGCAAAAAAAAACAAUAAAUGAAUAAAAAAGAGACGUAGAUGAAUACGACUUUCAGGGAUCGAAUGAUUUAUACUAUUGAAAAGCUAUGGAUGUAAGUAUAAUGUAUUACAAAAUAAUCUGGUACAACAGGAGCAUUGACUGCUAUUUUUCAACGUGUUCAUAUCUAAUGAAAUCGUUAGGACAGUACAUAAUAAAGGUCGCAUUUUUUUAAAAUUGUCCAUGUCGAGUUAAUCACAAUGACAUUUGACACACUGUCUAUCCGUCCAACAUACCUACCUACCUAUUCGAAUUGAAUUUUAAUUACAUUAGAUUGACAGUUAAUUCACUAGCAAUAACAUGUGUUUAAGCCGAUAUUUUCGUGUCAAUUUUUUUGUUUAUAAGGACAUUAUCUUACCUUAAAUUAAUCUUCUGUUGUACAGUAUCAUUUGAUAAAAUGACACCUAGAGAAUUUUAGCUUAUCUAUAGUUUUAAUCAAAACCCCUUUGUUGAAUUCGUAUAACGUAUUCAGUAUCAUAUUCGUAUCGUAUUAAAAAACAUUGAGAAAUUUCCUUUAAAAAUAUAAAUUAAAAAAUGGUGGAAGCAAGUAAGUUGUGGUUCGAAAAGGCGUGUAGUGCUUCCGAGUGUCACAAUCUUAUACAUCCAUGGACCUACAAAUGUACGGAUGCGACUUCGUCAAUGCUUAUCAGCUGUAUAAAAGGAAGUUAUAAGUUUUACGCCAUGGUUUAUGUUCUUCAAAUUCUGAUGCGAGGGAAGAAACUUGGCAAGAAAGAAAUUAUAGAGCAAUUCAAGUUGUAUUUGAAGUCUGGAAUAUUUGGACUCACCGUAGGCAGUUCGUUUGUGACCCUCAACUGUAUAUUCAGGAAGCUUUUCUUCAGCGAGUUCUCGUACUACACGACUGUGUUAUUGCCAUGUACCGUGAGCGGACUGGCCGUGUAUUUCGAGCCGCCCCAUCGAAGAGUAUUGGUCGUCAAUCUCUUUGUGAAUUUGGUGUUUGAAUAUUGGGUUCGAACUUUGGAAAUGAAAGGAUGGCUUCGGCGUUCGCCCCGUAAGGAGACCUUGAUCUUCAUGCUGGGCAGUGCCGUCUUUUUCUAUUUGAUGCGGAGAGACAGAGAGAGCGGCAAACAAACACCUCUAUUCUGGUUUUUCACACCGCCACGUGUUUCCAAGGAAACUGGCCAGCCAGUCGGUGGCGUGGAAGGCCGAAGCCCUGCCUGCCCGCACAGGGGUCCUUGUCUGAAUUAUAUAUUAAAGGGUACUUUAAAACUUUUCGGCGUGGGUUGCGCGAUGACCAUGCUCCGUGCAGUAAUACCUAAAAUCCUGACUCCGAUGAAAGCGUUGAAGUCCCUAAGACUGGCCCAUUUGAGACUGGGAAUUUUCUUCGGAGGCUACAUAGGAAUAUAUAGGCUGGUGGUUUGUGCACUGUGUCGAGCGUAUGGCAGGGACAGCGCUUCUUACGCGUUGCCCGCGGGCCUCCUCGCCGGCGCCGCGUUCAGGGCGGCCCCCUCCACGCCGAUCGCGUUGGCCCCGAUCACGUCCUCCCUGCAAAUCUUGGCGUCGUGGGCGUAUCAGCGCGAGAUGUUACCGGCGAACCUGCCGCUGGUCGAGAUACUGUAUUGCUUGUGUCAGGGGCUGUUGUUCCACGCUCGCGUCAUGCACGAGGACGCCUGCCCCCGGUACAUCAUCAACCUGAUGCACACCGUCACCAGCUCUAAGGCCGAUCAAAUUCAAGGUGCUUUCAUAGAGAAAAUGUUGAAGAGCUUGUGAAGAAUACGCGCUUAGUACAAUUACAACACAUAUUCUAUUAAGAUUGAGAAGAACGAAUGAUUUAUCAAUUAGAGUUAUUAAACGUGUUCGCCAGCCACGAUCCGACUGUCAAACCGCCUUUCGUGUCAAUGAUAUAAUGUAAUUGUCGAUUUCUAUUGAAAAACAUGGAAAAUUUGUAGAAAUUUAUUAGUAAGUUUGUAGGGAAAAAAAAUCCCUAAAGUUAUGGGGAAUUUAAAAGAUAACAACACAUUGUGAGAAACAAUCAAAGAUACUUUUUGGCGGGAACGCGAGGAGUGAAGUUGUGUGAUUUGUUUUAUUUUGUCUAUUUAGUGUUUCUUCAGGUUUAAAUGUGUAAUAAUGGUGGUUUAUUAACUGUUUAAUAUCUGUGAAAGUGCACAAACGUGGGAAAAUGAAACAAAGCCGCUGGACGUAGCUUCUCAGGAUCCUCCAAAAAGUCCACUGAAAAAAUCUUAGUAAAUGACCACCAUUUUACUGAGAUUAUAUUUCAUCCCGUAUCAUCUCAUUUCAUUUCAUUUAAUUUCAUCCCAGUUGAUUAAUGUCUCAAAUUAAUCAUCUUCAUUUCAUUUCACUCCAUAAUAUAAUUUUCCCAUAAAAAUAUGAAUAUUAAUUAAAAUAAGACAUGACUUAAAGGUUUCAGUUACCAGGUCAUAAAAUCCCUUAAAAGAAAAAAACAAAGAUAUGAGAGUCAAUUUGAAAAUAUUCGAUUUCAUGAUUUCAAUUAGGAUUAUCGACCACAAUUGCUUUAUUAUCCUCUGUUGUGUGUCGAAACUAAAAUAACUCAAAAGCCGAAUGUCAAUUGGUUCUAAACGAAAUUGACUGGCGACAUCUGACAAACAACACCACGCGGACGGUGUUGCCGGAGAAGUAGCCAGGCAGAUCAACUGGAUGUUACUGCCUCGCGACUAACUAUAUAAUGAUGAAGCUAGAAAAUUAAUGAACAAACAUCUUAGUUUUAAUUAUUUAGUAUUGGUAGUAAGGUGAUUAGUAAAAAAUAUAUAAAAUAUAAUAUAUAAUUUAAAUUUAAUUAAUUUAUUUAGCGGGCAUAUCUGUGAUUAUUUUAAGUGUAAGACGUUAUUUACAGCACAGGGUUUUAUUUAGAGGCGGGUUUCUUAUAGAUUUUUUGUUUUCGGUGCAUUUUGUAUGUUUGUCCAAUGAAUUCUAAUACUAGGGGGAUAAGGUGUAAUUUCGUAUAAAAAAUUCAAAUGAAAUAUGAAUAGUUGCAGCAACGAUGUUUUUAUGGCUUAAUUAGUUACAAACUACGUGAUCGCACUUCGAGAUUGGUCACAUAAUCGUACAACACGAGGCCUUGUAGGAACGUGCCUACCGAGGUUCACUUGUAGUUUAUACGCGGUGGAACGUCUCGUCACGCACCGGAACUCAUCACCAUUCUGCCUAGUUCAACAGUCAAUACGUCUUAGUCAGUGUGCCUAGUGCGAGUUUUUUAACGUUAACGAUAGCGUAAAAGUUUACUCAUUUUUGUGUGCAGCUGGAACAGCGCCCCUAGCGGCAAACGUAGGCAAACGUUCCAACUGAAGUCAUCGUGGCCCAAAGGAUAAGACGUCCGGUGCAUUCGUGUGUAGCGAUGCACCAGUGUUCGAAUCCCGCAGGCGGGUAUCAAUUUUUCUAAUGAAAUACGUACUUAACAAAUGUUCACGAUUGACCACCACGGCUAAGGAAUAACAUCGUGUAGUAAAAAUCAAACCCGCCAAACUAUAAUUUGCGUAAUUACUGGUGGUAGGACCUCUUCUGUGUCCGCACGGGUAGGUACCACCGCCCUGCCUAUUUUUGCCGUGAAGCAAUAAUGCUUUUCGGUUUGAAGGGUGGGGCAGCCGUUGUAACUAUACUGAGACCUUAAAACUUAUAUCUCAAGGUGGGUGGCGUAUUUACGUUGUAGAUGUCUAUGGACUCCAGUAACCACUUAACACCAGAUGGACUGUGAGCUCGUCCACCCAUCUAAUGAAAAAAAAGAAAAAAAAACCAUACAAAUUUGAGUUGACUUUUACGCUAUCGAGAACGUUAAAAAACUCGCACUAAGCACACUGAAGUCGUAGUCGUUAUUACAAUAGAGACUUGGCUCGUUGUGACAUGAAUGUUGUCCAGUGACCACAUAACGCAAGGUGGUCGCGCGUUCCCACUUCUAGACCAAAACAGAGUCGUCGUAAAAGUGUUAAAGUAGGGUAGUUAUCAAACCACUUAUCGAUUCCUAAUAACGUAACGUUGCAGAUAACACUGAAUAUUACGUACAAUUUUUUAUUCGUUCGUAAAGUAAAUACUUUAUUAUGAGUACAGAUCAAUGAUUGAGAAUUACUUUAUAUAAUUAAAAAGACUAACGAUGAAGCCAUGGUGCGAAUAGACAGUUUAUUUUAUCACCUUCGGGUUAUUUGAUUAAUGUUUAGGAAGUAUUCGUAAAAAGUUACCAUAUGAGAAAAUAUACUCGUUUUUUUAUAUAAGAUUUUUUUAUUUGCGUAUUGAUGUAGCUUCUUAUUGAUUUAUUAAAUUCUUUGAGGACGGCGCACAAAUUUUAGCAAUGAUGGUAUACUCACCGACUCUGUAUUGUUAAAUUCAAAAUACCUAGUUAGUCAAAUGUUUUAUAAAUUAAAUCCAAACUGUUAACGUUAAGUUGAUGUUGUAAGCUUUAUUCUUGUUUAAUAAGUACAUUUUGUUAAUAUAAAAUGCAAACUCAAAAUAAUAAAUAAAAAUACGCACAGAUAAUGAAACAAUGCAGACAGCGCCUCUAGCGAAUUUUUGUAGGCAGCUAAAGUUUCGAUCCGACAUAUGCACUCCAGUAUUCAUUACAAAAUACUUUUUAAUUUUAUAAGGAGCAAUAGUAACUAGUAAGUCGCACACGGUCUAGUAGAGAAACGUUAUAAUAAUUUCCUUGCAAACAGCGUCUUAACGCAGUCUUAGAGAUUUUUAAUUUAUAUAACACAAAAGUCAUUUACUCAUAAUAAACGCUUUGUAAACCACAAAAUAUUAGAUUUAAAUGUAAGAAAAUAUAUCAAAGUAAGAAAUUAUACUUAUUAUUCGUAAAUUCGUAAUAAAGGAUGUGUGGGGGGAAAGGGGGAGGGGAGGGGGUGGGGAUUCCUCUCGAGACGCUCUAGAAAAAGAACAAUGUUACCAGUGUUUGGGAUUCAGGGCAUAACGAUUCAACGGUCUCGCUGCUAUACGAUGGUCUGAUGGCUGAACUGGUAGGUGGUGUGCCAUCAACUAGUUGUCAUCACCGGAAUGGUGCGAAAUUUCUGCCGUUAUACAACCGAGACUUGGACCUCAUGUCUCAAGUUGGGCGACAGCAGCCACGCUCUGAUGAGGCUCCGCAUAGAACGCCAGAUGGGCCGUGAGAUAGUUUACGCAAUAAAUAGCGUUUAUUUAGUUAGGUACAAUCAAAUGUUUUGUGUGCCUUAAAUAGCGGAUAUACGAUUUUUUUUUAUUGUUUAGAUGAGUGGACGAGCUCACAGCCCACCUGGUGUUAAGUGGUAACUGGAGCCCAUAGACAUCUACAACGUAAAUGCGCAACGCACCUUGAGAUAGUUACAACGGCUGCCCCACCCUUCAAACCGAAACACAUUACUGCUUCACGGCUGAAAUAGGCGAGAAUAACGUAUCAUGAAUUAAAGAUCGCCUUUAUGAAAUUUGAUCGUUUCGCCUACGAGGGAUUCCCCUGCACCCUAAAUAGUUCGCUAUAGAUUGCACAAAAUGAACGAACAAGACGUAGGACACCAAAAUGACAAUGAUCCCAUUUGUGGUUGUUAUACUAUUUUUGUAUUAAAUGAUUUUAUGAUA